GAGAGAGGGAGUGAGAGAGAGAGAGAGAGAGAGACUGAGAGAGGAGGAGAGAGCAGGAGCAAGGUGCACACGUUGCCCUGCUUCCCCAUUGCAGCCACGACCGGCACUGAGAGAGGAGCCCCCCGACUAAACGGUGGGAACAACAGAGCCGCUGAACAAUUGGCUGACAGAUCGAUAUCCUCCCAGCAGAAGAAGCAGGCACAGGGAGAAGCUCUCUUAGGAUCACCGACUAAGAGAUAAGACACACAGCGAGACGGCUAGAGAGAGAGAAAGAGAGAGAGAGAGAGAGAAGAGUCGGAGGAAGACAAACCAAAGCAUCCUCUGCCUGGCUUCUUAGACUAGGAUUCCGUUGUCCAGAUAUCAAGGUGUAAUUGCUUAGGUGGUCUUGGCCUCCAUUGCGGGGCUGGAGAUUAAAGUGCAGCUGGGGGAGGACCUUCACCAGUGCCUCAGUGCCAGUUUAGUCAUCACCAGUGCUGCUUUGUGAGCCUGCUCUGCUCCCUCAGCUAAGAUGUCGGCUGGACGCCAGAUGACGCUGAGGAGCUACGUGGUGGGGCUGUCCUUUUCUCUCGCCUUCCUGGGAGUCUGCGCCUUACCGCCCCGGGGCGGCCUGGUGCGAACCACCAGGGUCAAGCGCCAGGCUCCCGAUGCCGGCGGCGCGUCCGGGGGCAACCAGACACAGCCCAUGAUCUUCAACCACGUCUACAACAUCAACGUGCCCCUGGAGUCGCUCUGCUCCGUGGACCUGGAGUCGGGCGCGGCCGGCCAGAGGGCGAAGGAGGCCACAGGGAGCGACGUGGGUAGCACUACGACAGCGCCCCCGGCCGAAUACACGGAGGAGACGGUGGACGCGGACAGCCAGGUCACGUUCACCCACCGCAUCAACAUCCCCAAGCAGGCCUGCGGCUGCUCAGGCUCGGGCUCGAGUUCAGGCGUGGCCGCCGCCACCAUCCAGCAGCUGACCAGCCGCAUCGAGAUGCUAGAACGGGAGGUGUCCCUGCUGCGCGUCCAGUGCAGCUCCAGCUGCUGUGGGGAGAGCUCAGCCAUAGGUCGUCUGGAUUACGUUCCUCACUGCAGCGGCCACGGCACCUUCAGCAUGGAUGUGUGCGGCUGUGUGUGCGACGAGGGAUGGGCGGGCAAGAACUGCUCCGAGCCCCGUUGCCCAGACGACUGCUCGGGCCAGGGAGUGUGCAUCGACGGCGAGUGUGUGUGCGACCGGGACUUUGGUGGCGACAACUGCUCUGAGCCCCGUUGUCCUGGAGACUGCUCAGACCGGGGCCUGUGUCUGGACGGCGAGUGUGUCUGCGAGGAGGCCUACACCGGCGACGACUGCUCCCAGAGCCGCUGCCUGAACGACUGCUCCGACCAGGGCCUCUGCAUCAACGGAACGUGCCAGUGUCGCCCGGGCUUCGUGGGGGAGGACUGCUCAGUGGUCUUCUGCGCAAACAACUGCAGCCAGAAAGGAGUCUGCAAGGACGGGUUCUGCGUCUGCCAAGAGGGCUUCACCGGAGAUGACUGUGCAUCCGUGGCGUCACCCUUGAACCUUCAAGUGCGGGGAGUGACGGAACGUACCAUUGACCUGGAGUGGGAGGGGUCAGUUGUGCUGACAGACUACCUGAUCACGUAUGUGCCAACCAGCCCGGGAGGUGUGCAACUUGAGAUCAGGGUACCAGGCAAUGUCACCAAUGGCACCAUCAAAGAGCUCGAGCCUGGGAUUGAGUACACCAUUAACGUCUAUGCCGUGCUCAACAACGUCAUCAGUGUACCUGUCACAGCUCAAGUGUCGACAUAUCUUUCGAAUCCAGAUGGUUUAGUCUUCAAAUCCAUCACGGAAACAUCGGUGGAGGUCCAGUGGAAGCCCUUCGACUACUUGUUUGAUGGCUGGGAAAUAAGCUUCAUUCCCAAGGAUAACGACGGGGGGAUGACGGCACAGCUGCCCAGCACCAUCACCUCCUUCCAUCAGACAGGGCUGAGGCCGGGGGAGGAGUACACCGUCAACCUGGUGGCGCUGAGGGACCAGGGCCGCAGCCAGCCCGUCACGGCCACCGUCACCACCAAGAUUGAUGGCCCGACUGACCUGAUCGUCCGAGAUAUUUCAGAGUCUGUGGCAUUUGUGGAGUGGACCCCACCCAAGGCUAAAGUGGACCAGAUCGUCCUCCGCUAUGGGCUGGUUGGGGCAGAAGGCCCUAAGACCACUUUCCGCCUGCAGCCGACGUUGAGUCAGUACUCUCUGCAAGUGCUGCAGCCAGGCUCACGAUAUGAAGUGUCUGUCAGCGGGGUACGCAAGGGUAACGAAAGUGGAGCCAUUUCAACCGAAUUUACCACCGAGCUGGACGCGCCCAAGAAUCUGCGUGUGCUGUCCAGGUCCUCCACCUCUCUGGAGCUGGAGUGGGACAACAGCGAGGCGGAGGUGGAGGGUUACCGCGUAGUGUACAGCACGCUGGCCGGAGACCAGUACGACAAGGUGGUCGUGCCCCGCAACGAGGGACCCACCAGCCAGACAACGCUCACAGAUCUGUUGCCUGGCACGGAGUAUGGGAUUGGCAUAUCAGCUGUGCUUGGCACCAACCAGAGCUCUCCUGCCACCAUGAACGCUAGGACGGACUUGGAUGUCCCGAUGGACCUGGCGGUGACCGCGUCCACCGACAACUCCAUCACCCUGCAGUGGGGCAUAGUGCAGGGUCCCAUCGACCACUACCGGAUCACGUACACGUCCUCCAGCGGGGUGAAGACCGAACUCACCAUGCCCAAAGACGCCACCUCGGCCACCCUGACUGAUCUGGUGCCAGGGACCGAGUACACCAUCACGGUGGCAGCACAGAGAGGCAGGCAGCAGAGCACAGCUGCAACCAUCGAUGCUUUCACAGGGUUCCGCCCUGUCGCCCAGCUCUACUUCUCUGACGUCACGUCUGGUUCGCUGACGGUGGCCUGGGGCGCUCCUGCCCCACCCGCUGACACCUUCGUCCUGAGCUACACCACGGAGGAUUUGAGGCAUAGCUCCCAGGUCACCCUCGACGGAUCCAAAACCAGAACCACGUUCAGAGAUCUCCUCCCCUCAAGAAAGUACAUCAUCACCCUGGUCACUGUCCGCGGUGAUGUGACGGAGACUGUCGAAGGCAUGGUCGUUACAGGCAUAGACCCCCCACGGGAUAUGACAGUGUCGUAUGUGACAGAGGACACUGUCACAAUAUCGUGGCAGCAGCCCCUUGCACCCUUCGACUACUACAAGAUGUCCUACCAGUCAUCAAAAGGUAGGGUGGACAGUGUGGUGAUUGACAGCGAAGUGUCCAACUACACCCUGACCAGCCUCCUUCCGGCCACUGAGUACGAAAUCAACCUGAACGCAGUGCGAGGGAGCCAGGAGAGCAGCAUUGUCACCACCAGCGUGUUCACCGCAAUGGACAUGCCAAUGGACCUCACUGCCCUGAACGUGACACCCCAGGGGGCACUGCUGCGUUGGAAUCCCCCCCUAUCCAGUGUGGACAACUACGUGCUCACCCUCACCCGGAACCAAGUCACUGCCGACACCUUCCUGGUGGAGGGCAACAAGCAGGAGUAUCAGCUGAGCAAGCUUAUCCCCAGCACCACCUACUCCGUUGCCCUGUACGCCACUAAGGGACCGCUCACCAGCGGCACCGUCAUCUCCAACUUCGUCACCCCCAUGGACGCCCCGCAGAACCUGACGGCCAGCGAGGUCAACCACCGGAGUGCCCUCAUCUCCUGGCAACCGCCCCUUGCCGACAUCGACAACUACAUGCUGACGUACAAGUCUGCUGACGGCAGUCGCAAGGAGCUGAUCCUGGAUGCUGAGGACACGUGGAUCCGCCUGGAGGGCCUGGCCGAGACUACGGAGUACACGGUGAGGCUGCAGGCGGCGCGGGGCCUGGAGACCAGCGCCAUCGUCUCUACUUCCUUCACCACCGGAAACCGUCUGUUCGCCACCCCGCAGAAUUGCGCCCAGCACCUGCUGAACGGCGAGACCCUGAGCGGCGUCUACACCAUCUACAUCAACAGAGACCAGAGCCAGGGUGUGCAGGUCUACUGCGACAUGACCACCGACGGAGGAGGCUGGCUCGUUUUCCAGAGACGCCAGAACGGCCUGACGGACUUCUCCAGGAAAUGGAGUGACUACCGGAGUGGCUUUGGCAACCUGGAGGACGAGUUUUGGCUAGGCUUGGACAACAUUCAGAGGAUUUCAUCUCAAGGACGUUAUGAGAUGCGGAUCGACAUGAAAGAUGGACAGGAGUCUGUGUAUGCCACCUACGAUAAGUUUGUCCUCGGGGAUGCCAGGAGCCUCUACAAACUGAGGAUAGGGGAGUACAACGGCACGGCAGGCGACUCGCUCACCUACCACCAGGGCCGACCCUUCUCCACCAAGGACAGGGACAAUGACAUUGCCGUGACCAACUGUGCGCUCUCCUACAAAGGGGCCUGGUGGUACAAGAACUGCCACCGGGCCAACCUCAACGGCAAGUACGGGGAGUCCAGACACAGUCAGGGUAUUAACUGGUACCACUGGAAAGGACAUGAGUUCUCCAUCCCAUUUGUGGAGAUGAAGAUGCGGCCAUUUAACUACCGGAGCAUAAGUGGAAAGCGCAGGCGGUCUACCCCUUUAUAAUCCCCCCGUAACCUCAUCCUCUAACCCUCUCCUCUUGUUUUGCUGGUUGUCCCUAUUUUUACACAGAAUGGGAGAAGGAUAGGUAAAGCUGUGUCAUUUAUUUACAAAUGAUGACAAAAAAGACAACACAGUCCAUAGAAGAGCUGUAGUUUUAAGGCUGUUUCUUUUAUGUGAAGCAGGUAGUGCUACCUACCUUGGAGAGUUGAGGGCUGUAAAGAUGUUACCCACACACUGCACAUGCCCUCAAGAAAAAUAAAUCUAUAUAUAUAAAAGCAAAAUCACGAGCCAGAAGAAUCAGAGAAGCUGUUAUUUUUUUCCUGUUUGAGAAAAAAAAGACUUUAAAAAAAGAAACAAAAAAACAUAAUGCCCUUAAGAUGCCUCUAUUUUUAUAACUGAUAUUGUAACUGAAUACAUGUGAUCACUCCAUGAAGCUUCACCUUCUUUAGUCAGAUUAGUGACUAUUGUUUGAGUGGAAUGCUCUCUGACCAGCCAUUGUAGAUUUGCAUUUAGUAUGAACUGAAAUCUACUUUGUAGCCCCAGGUUGGCUUUGUUCUUAUUUAUAGCUAUAGGUUUGUAAUUACACAAAAAUGUAAAUACCUGAAGAGGUCACAUGGCAAAUCUAUAAAGUCCUUUUAUUGUGCAAGAAAAGAGUCCCUAUAUUUCAAGCCCAUUUCUCUUUUGUUCCUCACAAGAGAGCCAAAGAUGUGCGUAAGAGCAUUACUAAAAAAUACAAAUGUAUUAUUCAGUUAAUCAAUUUAUUGGCUAGAAUUGCUAAAAUGUAACAGAUUUAUUUAUGUUAUUUGAAGUAAAUGCACCCAUGAAUGACCCUACCCAGCUAAUUGUUAGAGAAUUCCCAUAAAAUAUUCAUAUUUACUUCGACCAUCUACAUUGCAAUCCUAACCGCAUAAUAGUUAUACGAGUCAGUAAGUUGUUGAUUAAAUUGUGUUUUUGUGCUUUUAUUAUUUCAGAAAGGUGCUUUGUUCCUGCUCUUUUGUUGUGGGUUUACUGAACAUUACCUUAGAUUUCAGUAUGUAACUGACCACCAAGAAAUCUGUCUAAAAAAAAAAAACAAUCCCUCUCAUCUGCACCCAUUUCAGUGUAUUUUGAAAAACAGCGCUUAUAGAGAGUAAGAUGUUCCAACAACACCCAGUGCACCUUUGCAUCCUGUCCAUGCCUCUGCGUGGUUUAAUGUUCUUAUUCCUUUCCAUUUGAAAUUGUCAGUGACUCCAUGUUCCUGUGUGUCCUCUAGACUAUUAACAUGUGCUAUAAGUGCAGGGAAGAGCCCAGUCGGUCUUAGCGUCCAUGGUAGAUGCCAAGAAACUUUGACACAUCUCAAAACCUCCGCUCUAACCGCCCCCGACUUAUGCAGCAUGUCACACAAGGCGCUAAAACCGUUUAGCAUGUCAACAAUAUGAUUAAUGUCACCAGCGUGACCGAGGAAAUGUGUCACGAUAACGUCUCGAGAAAGAAGUGUUUGUUUUUCUUCUCUGGAACAAAUUGACCAGAUAGGAAGCGACACAUGGCAGGCAGUGGCAGAGUGAACUCUGACAAGAGUGGCUGGCGAUCCCUUGAACGAGUUCUUCUUUUAAAAGCUAGAGUAGGAUGUGUAUUUGCUCAGUAGAUUGCCUUUGCCUCAAUGUAUUUUGUACAGGAUAUGAAAAUUAUGGCUUUAUGGAGAAUUGUAGAUGGAAGACUGUAACAGAUGCAAUGUCCCUUUGUGCUUUCUGAUAAGUGUUGUAUUUUAUGUUUACUCAAACAAUGUGAUUUUACCUCAAGAAGUAUAACGUUUCAGCACAUUUGACACCCAUAUGCCUACAUUACCAAUAACCACUUUAUUUAAAAUCUGAAGAUAUUUCAUAAUCUUCUAACAAACAGUGAUGUAACCUAAACCAUGUAUGUAUGUUUUGUUUAGUAAUUCAGGCUUUCCUCCACGUCGCUGGGGAAGUCUUAUUUCACCUCGCAAUUCCUCUUUUCAUUUCAGAUUGUAUUUUGUUGGUUUGUGUGUCUGCUUUCAACAAAAUGCAAAUGUGAUUAAGCCCAGUUGCAAAGAGUAAUGGAUAACACCGAGAACUGGAAAUGCAAGAGUGAGGCCCAUAAUUAACAGUAAUGUAUUCAUGCAUACAAAACAUGAACAGUAUCAAACGUAGACCCAUUUUAUGACAUUACACUUCAACGCAUAAUCAGGUUUGAAUGUUGUUGUUCUGCUUUCAUUUGAUGUGUGCAGAUCUGCAGUAUAAAUGAUUGAUAUUUCACCAGG